UUAUUAUUUUUUUUUAUCAUAACGCAAUAACGCAAAAAUGAACAAAAUACUGGAGAAAACCAAGAAUGAAUUUCGCUGUUUGUUGAGAAUCUUUGAUUGCCAAUUGCAUAAUGUAUUAGUGGUAAUUUCAUUAUCUGACUACUUUUACUCGCGACUGACCAAUCAUUUGUAUCAUUGAUCUCUUUAGCGUCAAGUAUCUAUCAUGAUUUGUUCAAGUUUCACACUUCGAAGCCGGACUGUUUUAAAUCACUUAUUACAAAAGAAUGUUUUCAAUAAACCCAUUCGAAAUCUUAGCACAUCUCAUAAUUGUCUUGCUGGCGUGAAAAAACGCAAAGAUAGUUCUACUUUAACUUCGGAUAAAUUUUCUGUUCCACCUCGCGACGUCAGCGAUGAAGGUGAGCAGUUCCGGUAUAUGCUUCGGAAUUCGAGUUUCAUCAAUAUGGGUGAUCCGGAGAAUAAAAUAGUCAAAGGAAAAAUAUUUCAUUCCGUGAAAGAUGAUUUAUACAUAGAUUUUGGGUGGAAAUUUUACUGCGUUUGCCCAAGACCAUCGAAAAACGGACAUUUAUAUGCUAGAGGGAGCACAGUUUUACUGAAAAUAAAAAGUUUGGAAAUGUCAACAAAGUUCCUCGGUACUGAGAAAGAUUUGACUUUAUUAGAAGCUGACGCAUCGAUUGUUAGAUUAAUUUAUUCUCCAGUGAAAUCCGAUUGAAGUCUUUUUAUUCAAAAUGAGUUCAGUAAUUAGAACAUUCGGAAAAACCAAUAUGAAACAAAUCCGAGUCGCUAGUGUUCCUCAUUAGGAAGGUUUCAUUCAAAUACGAAAAUCACUGUAAAUUCUGAAUGAAAACAAUUGUCAGUUUUUUAUUUUCAUAAAUAUUGUUGUUAACACUAUCUAAUAACAUGUUAUUUGUCAGUCAAUGUAAAUCUUUUAAAAAACCAAAAAAAAUAAAUAGUUGUAAAACAAAAAA